AUGAGAGAACAGGACCACCCGGGUUUCUAUUUCCAGAAACCGCAGGAGUUCGGUGAAUACCCACGUUACCAUGGAGAUGAAAUACUUUCUGUAUACCCAAAUGAGGAACGUUUUUACGGUCCCGGACCGCAAUUUAUGAGGUCAGAACCCCAUUUCAUGGAGCGUCCGCAGUACCAUCCCAAUCAGGGCCCAUUCCCCCACGAAAAUUGGCGCGGCGAACCCGAACGCUUCGAUCACUUCGGACGAGGACGGAUGCACCAGGGAUUCCCAGGAUUCCAGGGCUUUCGCGGUUUUAGAGAACCCGCUUUUCAACACUUCCAACAGCCAUCCGCAGAGUAUGAGCUCGGAGGUCCGAAAAGGACCAUGGACAGCGCUGACAAGGCCACAAAGGCGGAGACCGGUGAACUAAAAAAGAUGUAG